CAGAGAAAGGCGCAGGCAAGGACAACUUGCAGGCAGAGAAAGGCGCAGGCAAGGACACAGGCAAGGACAAGAGCAUGGACGAUGGUCUCGAGGAUUGCUUGCAGUCAGGGCUCGAGGCUACGUUCACAGCAUGCAGCCGCUCAAGCUUGGAGAUGUUGCAGGCAAAGAAGGACAUGGGCGAAUCCGCGAGGCAGAACCGUGAGCUGAAGAAA